AUGGCCGCCUCCCACAACUCCCCCCUUUGGGUUUCCCAACUCGAGCACGCCCCCGCAGCCAAGGCUAAACAGUCUGGCAUUCAGGAUCCCCCAGGCUACAGCUCCGGAACAGCCGUCACCAACUCCAAGAAGAACAAGGAUGCCGCCAAAGUCCAGCCACGAAAGCCCCCGACUGUCGAAGAGAUGGAUACCCUAAAGCUCAAGAAGGCUUGGGAAGUCGCACUGGCUCCCGUUAAGGGUCUGCCCAUGACCGCCAUCAUGAUGUACAUGUCGGGCAACUCACUCCAGAUCUUCAGUAUCAUGAUGGUUUUCAUGGCUUUCAAGAACCCUCUGAUGGGUCUCAUGAACACGAACCAGGCAUUUGAACGUUUUCAGUCAUCUCAGUCUCUUUCAUCCCAGCUGCUGCAGGUCAAAUUUGUGUACAUCGUCUGCCAGCUUGUUGCACUGGGCGUGGGAAUUUGGAAGAUCAAUGCCAUGGGCUUGCUACCAACAACACGAUCCGACUGGCUUAUGUGGGAGGUGCAGAGAGAACCUUUGGAACAUGCUGUUGCAGCUCUAUAA